UAUUUCUUUUUGUUUCAGGUAAUAUCCCAUUUCUGGCUACACGCUUGUUACAAAUUUUGUAGGUAUGUUUUCAAUAUUAUUCACAAUAUGAAAUCAUAUGUUUAGAGCAAGUAAACGCAAAAUUUUGUUAUUGGAAAGGAAUUUUUACAUACAUCGGGCAUGACGGAGAUGGAAUGCUUUCAGGUAGAAGAAUUUUCUGACGGAACUAUGGCGAGGUCGAAAAACCGAAAGUGCGAAAGCUGUCUCUCCAUGAUAAAGGUAAACGACGUGAGCAUUAAGUGCAAAAACGUGGCGUGUAAAAAGACGUGGCAUAGCUCCUGCGCCGAAAAAACCUUCAACGUAGAUCUGAACGACAUAGUCUCUUCUUUUCGGUGGACCUGCCCAGAGUGCAGAGGUACGCGAUGCAAGCAGAAGCUGGAAGAGAUCACCGAAAAGAACCUCAAGGGUUCAUCGGUCUGGACGGACGACAAGGUUUCAGGAGAUAACCGAAGCGAUAUAAGCAACCUCGACAGCAAAGUACUCCUGUCGAUGCUGGUCGCCGACCAGAAAGAUUCGCAGAAAGUGCUCUUGGUCCUGACGACUUUGAUGAAGGAGCUGCUCCAAGAGAAAUCGCAGAUGAAAAACCUCUGCGAGGAGAACGAGGAGCUGCGAAAAGCGAUGAUAACGCACCUGCUUCAAGACAAAAUCCAGUUGAAGCAGAUCUGCGAAGAGAACGAGUCGUUGAAAAAGAAGAUAAUGGAGAUGAACGAGAGAAUGCAAAAGAUCGAGAAAAACGUCAACAAAGCGGAACGGUCCCACGAUGAUCUCGUCGAUGAUUCGCUGGACUGUGAAUCUCCUCAUAUCGCAUCUUCGCACGUGAGCGAAGCACCCACGUGCAAACCGAACACUCCGUUAACGGACGAAAACUCAAAGCAAGAAGAAAUCGAAAAUAAAGUCGAGCAACGAGAUGAACAGAAAAAUUUAGAUUGUAACGUUUGUACGGCGUGUGUACACGUGAAUAAAAACCCAUGGAAUAAUGUAAAACAUGUAUCAAAAGUACAUGUUUCAAAAUGUUUUAUUAAAUCAGAUGAUCCUUGUUUGGACAAACCGACGUCAAAAGAAUCGGAAAAGGAUAGCAAACAUUCCAGCGAAUUGUCUAGAACGACAGAAAUACAAUCUUCCAACACCACCAGGUCGACCAGGUAUGAAAAACACGAAGAUCCGGCUGUGUUCCCUACAAACGUCUCUUCCUACGAACCAGCUGACUCUUCCGCGGCCGAAAAGCCUUGCAACUCGAAUGUCGUCAAAUCGCCCUCGUCGUCGAACAAGAAGGGCUUGGAUAGCGGCAAACGCGUUGAGAUCUGCGUUGGGAGGAUAGCAAAGGGCACACCCGCCGACCUAGUGUCCAAGUACAUACUUAAGAAAAUUCCAAAGUGUAAGUUCACUUGCGAAGUCAUGAACCCGAACGGAUUCUACGCGAAUUUCAAAGUUUCAGUUGAACCCGAGUACAAGGAUAGACUUCUUUCCAAUGCUUUUUGGCCUCAAAACGUUAUCGUCCGGCGUUUAUAUCCUCGAAAAUAAACCAACUUCAUUUCGCUCAAUAA